CGAAAAGACCGGCCUUAAACUAUACAUUCUCCCAUGCAACAAAAUAGUUGUUUCUUUCUCUGAAAAUCUUUCCUGCCCUUCUCCUAAAGAGGUGACUUUUUGGGAGAUUGGCAGGGUGCGAUAAGUUAGUCGUUUCCAGGUAGAUUGUGGCGAAGACUACUACCAUACGUCUGCAAAUGGAGGGGUCUUCGCUUCAGGAAUCUUCUGUACCUCCACAAUCAUCAUCGGCAGACGGCGACGACUCAUCAUCAUCAUCAUCAUCAUCUCCACCCGAUGACGUCGAUUCUUCCUCAUCAUCAUCAUCAUCAUCAUCCCCACAACUACCUGAUGAUUCAAGCCAAAGCAGCAGCUCUAAGAAUAAUGAUAAUGCUUCUCCUGAUCAUCUUCCUCAGUCAUCAGAUGGGGAUAAUGGGGAUGGGGAUUCAUCAUACCCUCCACCCCCUCCACUGCAUGGGAAGCACAAAUCGAAGAAGCAUUCAUCGGACAAGGGACUCACAGAUGAUGAGAAAGUCAUGAUUGCAGGAGUUGCAGCAGGAGCAGGACUUUUGAUUCUUAUUUUGAUCGUCUUCCUCAUCUCUUGCUGCCGUAGACGUAAAAGGCGAAAGCAAAAGCAUCAACAUGUUCAAAUGCACUACUAUACCGACGCCCCUCAUGGUAAUGGUGGAGGUGGCUACUAUCAAGGUGGACAGAAUGGAAAUUGGCACAAUAAUAAUGCCCAAUCCAGUGAGCAUUUUGUUAAUAAUAUGCCGCCUCAGUAUAUGCAAAUGCAAAUGCAAAUGCCACCCAGCGGUGUUAUGAGUUCAGAAUAUGGGUGGGCAAUGGGUCCUCCUCCACCGCCACCACCAAUGAUGAGUAGUAGUGAUAUGAGUUCUGCAGCUUUCUCAUCAGGUCCACACGGCUCAGCAAUGGCACCUCCUCCUCCUCCUCCAACAGUAACUCUGGGUUUUAACCAGAGCAGCUUCAGUUAUAAUGACCUGGCAGCCGCAACAGGAGGGUUUUCUCAGUCUAACCUAUUGGGGCAAGGUGGGUUUGGGUAUGUGCAUAAAGGUGUAUUCCCAAACGGUAAGGUGGUUGCAGUAAAGAGUCUAAAAUCUAAUAGUGGACAAGGAGAGCGAGAAUUUCAGGCUGAGGUUGAGAUCAUCAGUCGAGUCCACCAUCGCCACCUUGUGUCUUUGGUUGGGUAUUGCAUUGCUGGACCUCAGAGGAUGUUGGUAUAUGAGUUUGUUUCCAACAACACUCUUGAAUAUCACCUUCAUGGAACCGCUCGUCCAAUUAUGGACUUUCCAACAAGGCUUAAAAUUGCUCUGGGUUCAGCCAAAGGCUUUGCUUACCUACAUGAAGAUUGCCACCCUCGCAUUAUACACAGAGAUAUAAAAGCUGCAAAUAUUCUACUGGACCAUAAUUUUGAUGCAAAGGUGGCUGAUUUUGGAUUGGCUAAACUCUCUUCCGACAACAACACUCAUGUGUCCACACGAAUCAUGGGAACAUUUGGAUACUUGGCUCCAGAGUAUGCAUCAAGCGGCAAACUGACAGAGAAAUCUGACGUUUACUCUUAUGGAGUAAUGCUGUUGGAACUCAUAACUGGACGACGGCCGAUUGAUGUAAAUAAUGAUGAUGAUGACACGCUAGUGGACUGGGCUAGGCCAAUUCUGAUGCGUGCUGCAGAGGGUGGAAGCUUUGAACAAGCCGUGGACCCACGGUUGGAGAAGAAUUAUAAUCCGCAAGAGAUGAAACGCAUGGUGAUUUGUGCUGGGGCGUGUAUUAGGCACUCUGGAAGGAGACGUCCAAAAAUGAGCCAAAUAGUACGUGCAUUGGAAGGUGCUGUGUCUUUGGAUGAUCUAAACAUGAAUGCUGCAGGAGGGAAAACCGAAGCGGAAAACAACAGUACAGCGUUUAGCUCCGGUGCCAGUUCCUCAAGUCAGGAGUUUAGUAGCCGUGAGCACUAGUCCUAGUCCAUUCCCGCGCCGCCCUCAGCUCGCGCUCUAAUUAACCUCAACUCCAUCGCUAGUACCCACCCAAUGCUAAAAUCUUCUCAACAUAUAUCAUGUAUAUAUGUAUCAUGUAUGUACCCUGCAGCAAGCAACAACAUCUAUCUAUCUAUCUAUAUAUAUAUAUAUAUAGCUUUAAUUUAUGUGUAAAAUGUACAGUUAAUGGACUGAUUUUUUGCA